CAGUUGACUCGUCGGGCGACUAGCAUCCAUACUAAAGCCAAACUCAAACUCAAGAUUACAGAUUGUCUUAUCAGUUAUCAUUUAUCACUUUUACUUUUUUACAAUUUGUUGCGCUUGAGCGAGAUAAUACGUAAUUAAAAUUAAUCUAGACAAAUUAUCGGAAUCGAUAAAUCUAUAAGUCGGAUUUUGAACCGAUAACUGAAAAUAGUUAGCUAAUAAAUAAAUAAAUAAAUAAAUAAAUUAAUUAAUUAAUUAAUUAAUUAAUAAAUAAACAAUUAAUUUGGUUACAUUUUGGGAAUUUGCAGCUAAAAGUUGAGUUUGUCAUUUUCUAAAGCUUUAAAAGUUGUAAGCUAUCCUCGACCUUCACUUGAAACACACCUCUACCACGAUCUUUGUCUGCGUUAUUCAAGGAAUAAGUUGGCAGACACGAUGGAUGAGGCGCCAAGGGAUUAUUCCAUCCAGGUAAUCAAGCAAGAAGACAAGCCGGAGGUACUAAAGUUUCUUCGUCGGUUUUUCUUCCGGGACGAGCCGCUUAAUGCCAGCAUUGAAUUGAUACCCAGAGGAGAAAACAGCACUUGUGUUCCGCUUGAAGAGUACAGCAUGUCGUCUAUUGAUGAGAAUUUGAGCUUGAAGGCCGUUUCUUCUGCUGGGAAUAUUGUUGGGGUUCAGCUUAAUGGUACUACCGUUAAACCGGAAGACACAGACGAGCCAGAUUUUAUUAAGAAUUGCGACAAUUUUAAAUUCAAAAAAAUUCUCAGAUUGUUGCAUCACGUCGACAGGAAGGCUGCUGUUCUUGACCGGUAUCCCGGGAGCAAAAUUUUAGACGUUAAAAUUAUUUCCGUUGACAGCGGCUGUCGUGGCCAGGGAAUUGCAGCUGCACUUUGUCAAAAGACUGUAGAUAUCGCCAAGGAAUUAAAUUACAAUUAUAUCCGCACCGAUGCAAGUUCUCACUACACCGCAAAACUGUGCAAGCGUCUAGGCUUCGAGCAAAUAUUCGAACUCAUGUACCAGGAUUACGUUGACAGUAAUGGAAAGCCGAUCUUUACACCUGCUUACCCUCACACUUGUAUAAGUACCUUCAUUAAAAAAUUAUGAUCCAGCUUAUUAUUAUUACACCGUCUCAAGUACAAUUAAGUUAAAAAAAUUCAUUAAAUUAAAUAUUAUAAUUUAAAUUAAUAAA